AUGGUGGCACAACCUGCCAUAGACUCUGACUGCGGGUACCUGACGAGCGAACAGGUUUGUUCGGGCCUCGAGGUAGAAAACGUUUCGGUCUGUGGCUCCAGCUUUCGGAUCCUCCGACGCAGGACGGACUUCUUUGCGGCUGUGGCCGGAGACUUGCCCCUUUCUUCCACCGGUCUGGUUCUCUGGGAGAGUGCAGUCCUUCUCGCAGAGUAUCUGGGAUACGGCGGCUUCCUGUCCUGUGGCUUUGACCGGUCGCAGACCACAGCGCAUGCCAACCCGGUGAAGUGGUGGCUGACCCAUCCACCUGCUGCUGUGGUGCCCUCCAGAUUUUGGAGGUCUCAGACGCGGCCGGUGCUGGAGCUCGGGGGUGGAGCCGGCCUGGUCACUGCAGCUCUGGCUUCCCUCGGCGCUUAUGUGGUCUACACGGACGGCGAUCUUGCAGCGAUCGAAACGGCAACGCUGAAUUGCAGGAACGCCCAGGCAAGACAUGGAAGGAUGAGGAAGCGCAGGCGGAGGUCGAAGGAGAGAGACGACCGGGAAGAGAUGCUGGGAGGCGGCUCCUGCGUCUUCAGGCGCCUGGCUUUCGGCGAGGUGGAGGCUGCCCGGCAGCUGGUAGAGGAACUGGGUCCUUUCAGCCAUGUGGUGGGCAGUGACCUCUUGUACGGGGACAAGGCGCCACCCGGGCCACUACUCGACACCCUCAGUGCGCUUGCCGAGGCACAGCAGAAGUGCUGCAUAGAGCCUUUCCUGGUUACGCUCGCCAUCAAGAACCGGUGCUGUGACGAAGUGGAGGCCUUUGUCGCGGCCGCAGAGCAGCGGCAGAGAUGGGAAAUCCAUGUAGCAGAUGCCAGCACCCUGCCAGAGAGCUACUCGGAGGCUCCAUGUUAG